UGCGCUUGUAAAACAUUGGUUCCGUUCAUGUGUUUCCAGUCGGACGCAACAGCACUGCGCACACAGCGGAGGCGCUGCCGGGCCAUCCCGAUCCAUCGGGUACCUUCCGUUAACUAGUAUGAUCUACACAGUCCGAACCGGCUGUCCUCGCUUCAGAAUGGACCCGGAGCACAGAGCUCUCCUUCGGACGCACCGGCUACAACUGUCCGGUGAGCUCCUGGUCAGCGACACCAUCGUUCCGCUUCUGUUCCAGGAGGACAUCCUGUCCGAGGCUCAGGUGGAGGAGAUCGAGGCUCAGCCCACCAACAGACGCAAGUGUCUGAAGCUUCUGGACCUCCUUCCCAGCCGCGGCCCCCGGGCCUUCGACUGCUUCCUGCGCUCCCUGCAGGACUUCAGCUGGGUCCGAGACAAGCUGCUGCUGGACCUCCGGACGCCAACGGGGCCAGCGAGGCCAGACGUCCGGCUCCCUGACUCAGUUCUGCAGGAGGUUCCUCCGGACCGGGUCCUGUCCCGGCUGGCGUCCCGGCUCGGCUCUGAGUGGGAGUCGGUCCUGAUGGAUCUUGGUUUGUCUGCUGAGGACUUGUUCCGGUGUCGGUCCGACCAUCAACUCAGUACUCACGCAGCGGUUCUGGCCGGUCUGGUUCAGUGGAGACGAAGUGGAGGGAAGACCGCCACGGUCCAAAGACUCGCCAAGAGUCUGCAGGAGGCCGGCGUCCAUCCAUCCGUCCUGGAGGACGUUCUGCUGUGACCCACGUUGGACCAUCAGUUUAUUUGAUAACCUUUUAUUACCUAACAUUGUAUUUGAUCAUGUUUUUGAUUAUUUUAAUUUGAAAAUAAACCAACAUCAGUCUUUUCAUUUAAUGUCCUGACUUCAUGACAUCAUCACUUCAUGAGUGUGUGUGUGUGUGUGUAUUUGGAAUAUAUACACUCACAUCCUCGGGUUACACAUGUGAUGAUUUUUUCUGUCCCAAAGUAAAUAUGAUCAUUUGAAAUAUUAUUUCUUUAUGAAAUAAGUAGUGAUCAAUAAACGUGAAGAGUUCCUCUUCGUAAUCAGUA